AUGCAUUAUACGAUACGAGUAAUAUCACAUGCUAAUGAUGUCAUCCCAUUACUUCAUAUACCGCCAAGCGGAAAAGUUCCAUUAAAAACGGAAACAUUCAAUAUUGAGUAUCGAUGUGCAGGAAUUAAAACCGGCAAAUUCGAUAUUCAGGUUAGUUUUAACUUCGAUUGGCCUUCUAGUACGAAUCAAACAAAAGUUUCAUUGAAGCAAGAGAAACUGUGUACGGCACGAACGUUACGUGGUACUUACACCGGUAAGUUUCUAAAUGAUUAA